AUGUCUGCCCAUUUAAAAAUUGCUAAAGAUCAAGUAACUCUUUACGAAUUAUCAAAAGCUGCUAAUGAAGCUUCAAGUGCCACAGUUGAUUUUUAUAAUGCUUCAUUAACAACAGAAGAAGAUUCCACUGAAGUUUUCAGACAAUUAGGUGAUUCUUUAAGAAUCUUAACUUCUGCAACAAAUGGUGUUAAUGAUACUGCAAGAUUAAUUGCUUCAAAUUCUUCAAUUGAUCCUACUUUAUCUUUAAAUAGUUUAGUUUUACCAGAUCAAGUUUUACCAUCUCAAGCUACUCAACCACAACAACAUCAACAUCAUCAACAACAAUUACAACAUCAACAACAACAACAACAAUCAUCAUCAACUGAACAAGAAAAACCUGCUAAAAAGAAAGUUGAAAAAGAUCCAAAUGCUCCAAAAAAACCAUUAACUGUUUUUUUUGCUUAUUCUGCUUAUAUUCGUCAAGCUUUAAGAGAAGAAAGAUCUUCAAAAGGUUUACCAGCUUUAUCAUCAACAGAAAUUACUCAAGAAAUUUCUAAAAAAUGGAAUGAAUUGGGUGAAUUAGAAAAAGAAAAAUGGAAAGAAGCUUAUAAUGAAGAAUUGGAAACUUAUCAACGUGUAAAAGAAAAAUAUUUAGAAGAUAAAAGAAAUGGUAUUGCACCAAUUAUAACUGGUCCAAAUCCUGCUCCUGUUCCAAUUCCUUCAUAUCUUUUAAAAGAUAAAUCUAAAAAAAGAGAUCAUGAUGGUUCAAGUGAAAAAAAAGAUAAAAAAAAGAAGAGUAAAAAGAGAAAAUCUGGUAUUCCAGAAGGUGUUUCAACAAAUCCUGGUGAUUUAUCACUUCAUGUUUAA